CCUUCAUAUUGUUUGGAUAUUACAGCAGUCAGUUGUCAAGUGCUCGAGGCGUUAAGUUAAAAUUUAAUUGAAUACACUCAAAAUGUUCGCAAUUGACGCACCUUUAGAAAUUCAAAAUUCAGAAUUUUGCAACUACCGCUCGCCAUUAAGUACGCGAUAUGCUUCGAAGGAAAUGCAAUACAAUUUUAGUGACCAAAAGAAAUUUUCUACAUGGAGAAAACUAUGGGUUUACUUGGCUAAAGCUGAAAAGGAGCUAGGACUUGACAUCUCAAAUGAACAGAUCGCCGAACUCGAGUCCGCCCCACAUGAUAUCGACUUCGCUUCCGCCGCAGAACACGAAAAAAAAGUUCGCCAUGACGUUAUGGCUCAUGUCCAUACACUGGCCGAACGCUGUCCACUCGCAGCGCCGAUCAUUCACCUUGGAGCCACAUCUUGCUACGUUGGUGAUAACACAGAUUUGAUCGUGCUUAAGCACGGUUUGGAAUUACUACUGCCAAGGCUCGCUGCUGUUAUCAGCCGUCUAUCUAAGUUCGCUGAUGAAUACAAAUCUGUACCCAUUUUGGGUUUCACACACUUGCAACCAGCUCAGUUGACAACUGUUGGAAAGCGAGCGUCUUUAUGGCUUAGCGAUUUAUUAAUGGACGAACGCGCCUUAUCGCGAGCGAGAGACGAUCUUCGUUUCCGGGGAGUAAAGGGAACCACUGGAACUCAAGCUUCUUUUUUACAACUAUUCAAAGGCGACGGAGAAAAAGUUAAGGCAUUAGAUAAGAGAGUUGCUGAACUAGCAGGAUUUGAUAAGCGGUAUAUUGUAACAGGCCAAACUUAUUCAAGAAAAGUAGAUUUAGAAGUUAUAUCAGCACUUUCUGGAUUGGGAGCGACAGUACAUAAGAUGUGCUCGGAUAUACGCAUUCUGGCCUCACGUAAAGAAUUGGAAGAACCUUUUGAGACUUCUCAAAUAGGCUCGAGUGCUAUGCCAUACAAAAGAAACCCUAUGAGAUCUGAACGUUGCUGCGCUUUAGCACGUCAUUUGAUAACUCUUCAUGCUAAUGCUGCUAAUACUCAUGCUGUACAGUGGUUGGAACGCACCUUAGAUGAUUCCGCAAAUCGGCGCAUCACUCUGGCGGAAGCGUUUUUAACCGCCGAUGCAACUUUACUUACACUUCUUAACAUCUGUCAAGGACUUGUUGUAUACCCUAAAGUUUUAGCUCGGCAUAUCGCACAAGAGCUUCCGUUUAUGGCUACUGAAAACAUCAUAAUGGCAAUGGUUCAAGCUGGAGGUGAUCGUCAGGUUUGUCAUGAAAAAAUUAGAGUACUUUCUCACGAAGCUGGAGCAGUGGUGAAACAAGAAGGGAAAGAUAAUGACCUCAUUGAACGUGUCAAAAAAGAUGAAUAUUUUGCUCCUAUUUUACCGAAAUUGGAAAAUAUUUUGGAUGCAUCUACAUUUAUAGGUAGAGCUCCUGAACAAGUUACAGAAUUCAUUGAAGAAGAAGUAAAACCAGUUUUGAAUAAAUAUAAGGAUUCUUUGGUUGCAGUUGAAAAACCGGUAUCAUUAAAUAUUUAGAUUAUUUUAUACAUUUAAGGAAAAAUGAUUUUAAAUUAUUACAAUUGUUAAAUGUUAUA